AUGGGAAAGAAACAAGUGUGCCCACCUCGUGCCCUCCCUCCAGUGCCUUCUGCAGAUGAAAUUCCACUCAGUCGUCCCAAGAAAAGGAAACCCAAAGGAAAGACUCCGUUAGAUGGCAUCGUCCCAGCAGCAGUUCGUCGGCAGUCUGAAAGCAGUGAGCCUCUGACUCCUGAACCUCUUGAUGUCCCUCAGAGGAAACGCAAGAAGAAGAAAGUACCUACCGAUUCUGAGACUUCUUUUACCCAGAAAAAUGUUGCAUCCCUAUUUCAGAAUGGAAAUGGCAUGGAUGUCCCUGAAGCUGAAGAAACAGUGAUCCGCAGACAAAGAAAAAAAACAAAGAAACCUCGGCCAGCUGAAAUGCACACUUCUAAUGACCUGGAAGUGGAGGAGGAAGACAUCAUUGAUGAUGAGAACAGAAAGAGCCCAGAUCAGCAGCCUGUGUUUGCUGCUCCCACUGGGAUUAGCCAGCCCGUUAGCAAAGUGUUUGUUGAAAAGAAUCGGCGUUUUCAUGCAGCUGACCGUGCAGAAUUUAUUAAAACGACUGAAAAUAUCAAUGUACUUAUGGAUGUGAAGGCUUCAUGGACUACCAGAGAUGUUGCGCUCUCAGUCCACCGAAGUUUCAGGGUGAUCGGACUCUUUACCCAUGGCUUCCUUGCUGGGUAUGCUGUAUGGAACAUCAUUGUUAUCUACAUUUUGGCAGGAAAUCAGUUUUCCACGAUUUCUAACCUGCUUGAGCAGUAUAAGACACUAGCAUACCCAGCUCAAAGUUUGUUCUAUUUGUUGCUGUCUAUCAGUACAGUCUCAGCUUUUGACAGGAUUGAUCUGGCAAAAGCAUCAGUUGCACUGAGGGGCUUUCUUACCCUGAACUCAGCAGCAGUAGCCUCUUUCUUGUACUUUGCUGCUCUUAUCUUAUCCUUAAGCCAGCAGAUGACGUGUGACAGAAUUAACCUCUACACACCACCUUCAGAAAAUGGCAGCAUCUGGAUGGCAGGUACAGAGGAAGAAAUUAUUCAGCCGUGGGUUGUGGUGAAUCUGGUAGUGUCUAUUCUGGUUGGGACAAGUUGGAUCUUAUUGUCAUAUCGACCGGAGUUAGACUACAGUGAAGAACUGAUGUUUCAUGCUGAAAUCGAGGAAUUUCCCCAGGGAGAUACUAUACCCAGAGUCCAGCCAUAGAGUGGAAGCAUCUGUAAAUACUGUAGCUGUGACUGAUGGCUCAACAUAUUGUAUAUUAUAGACAUAUAUUAUAACCUUCA